UUGACAUUCGAGAAUCACCUGUUCUCACAAUUUUUCAUUACCAAAUAAAAAAUAAAUCCAUGAACUUGUCUACACGGCAAUGCAUGCAAUUUCACAGAAACUUACAUAUACAAUAAUAUUUUAGAAAAAGAUAAAUAAUGCUAGAUGAGUUAGGAAACAAAUGGUAGUGAAAACUUAAAUCAGAACAAACAAAAUGGAGUCACGGAAGAUUAAAGUAAUGGCGACAGCAAUAGCUUUAAUAAUGGUGGCUAUGGUGGUGGAUGCCGCCGGAGCUGAUAAAGGGAAAGACAAGGAAGAGUGUACGGCGCAGCUGGUCGGUAUGGCCACAUGUCUUCCUUACGUGCAAGGAAAGGCAAAAUCUCCGACGCCAGACUGUUGCUCCGGCCUCAAACAAGUUAUUAAUUCCGACAUGAAGUGUCUUUGUAUGAUCAUCCAAGAGAGGAAUGAUCCUGAUUUGGGUCUCCAGGUCAACGUCUCUCUCGCUCUCGCUCUUCCUUCUGUUUGCCACGCCACUGCUGACAUCACUAAGUGCCCUGCUUUGCUUCAUUUGGACCCAAAUUCUCCGGAUGCCCAAGUGUUCUAUCAGCUAGCUAAAGGUCUGAACGAAACAGUCUCAGCCUCUGCUCCCACUGGCUCGGCCUCUGAGCCCACUAGUAUGUCUUCGACCCCAGGAUCCAGUGCUGGUAACAACAGUGGUCGGACGACCUCUGUGCCAGGCACGAACCACGCUCAAAGCUUCUCCAAACAAUGGCUAGGGCUCGAAGUUGUUGCCCAUUUCUUCGUAAUUUUUUAUAUUUUCAUCCUCGUUUAGAUAAGUGAAAAGGAUGUGACGUUGGUUUUGUGCAACUGUGGACAUUUGCGGUGACGUUGAUUUUGAGUUUUGAGUCUUUUGACUGAUGAAUGUAGUUUCACUUCGUGACAACUCUUCUCAGCUUUUUAUUUUUUGUAUGGCGCAACAUAAGACACGAGCAAUAGUUAUUCUAUGGCUCGUUUGCUUUUAUCAAUUUUAUUUAAAAUCUUUUACUUGAGUUCGUUGAGUCUAAUGGUUUGGUUUCUCUUAAUUUCAUGCAUACAAACGUAAUUUCAUUUACGUUAGUCUAUUGAUCGACAGAUUAAUUGGAAUUAUUAUUGUGGCUAUUUGAAAUAAAU